UCUAUUUGUCAUUUGGUGUAGGGUUUUUCUGUCAUAGAUCUCGCAAAGGCCUAUCACAAUGGCGAAUGUAUUAACGCGUUUAACGGUUCAAACAAGUGCAUUCAUUUCGACGCGACAACGCUUGGCAGUUUGCAAAUCGUUAUACAGAAACGUCAGCUAUGGCUAUGGCACAAAAUUACAGCCCAAAAACAAUCGUCGUCUUCUAUCGCUGCUGGGCUACAGCGCUGUCUCAUUGGCGGCAUUCGGCGCGUUUAUCACAUUUCGAAGUUCCAUCAACAAAGCGAAUGCAAUGAGGAAGAAAAGCUUGCACCGCGACGAGACCGAGACUGAGAAUAUCAAGCUGACGGCGCGGGAAAGACGCUUUAUCAAAUUCGCCUCUGUGGAGUAUGGCGAUCAGUUGUAUAUGACUCCCCAGGACUUCCUAGAGUCUGUGGUGGAACAGGAGCCUAGACCUCGUCUUAAGCGUCGCAUACUCAGCAACGAAGAGGUGGAGAAGUACAAGGAUCAAACGCCUGCAGUCAAAAAGGGUUCCUCUCGUCUAUUUCGUAAUCUCAGAGAUAAAGGCAUUGUUUCCUACACGGAAUACUUGUUUCUACUCUCCGUAUUGACAAAACCCAAGUCGGGCUUUCGCAUUGCCUUCAACAUGUUCGACACUGAUGGAAAUCAACGCGUGGAUAAGAUUGAGUUUCUCGUCAUUGUUUCGAUUUUGGCUGGUGCUUUGAAGGACAUACAAGAUGUUGAUCCGAAAACAAAGGAACUUCUGCUCCGUUUAGUACCGUAUGAGGAUCCAAAUACUAAGAAUAAGCCCACUCCGGAAGAACCUCCACGGAAAAAGGGUCUUAUGGAGCGCAUAUUCAGUGGCGCUUGGAAAGAAAAACACGGCGACCAAUUAAAUGAAGGUGAAGAAAAUUCACACGAGACUCCCGAUGAGCGUGACUAUGUUAACGAUAGUGAGGGAUUGCAGCGACGUCACCAAGUUGCCACCACGUUGCAACUACAUUUGUUUGGCAAACGGGGAACCGGCGUCAUCAACUACGAUAACUUCUAUAAGUUCAUGGACAAUUUGCAAACAGAGGUGCUUGAACUCGAAUUCAAUGAGUUCUCCAAGGGCCAGACCCAUAUCUCAGAGCUGGACUUUGCCAAAAUUCUGCUACGUUACACGUAUCUAGCCACGGAUGAGUACGAUGUGUUCUUAGAGCGUCUGCUGCAUCGCGUCAAGGACGAGAAGGGAAUAUCAUUCAAUGAUUUUCGCGAUUUUUGCCAUUUUCUAAACAAUUUAGAUGAUUUCACCAUUGCCAUGCGAAUGUACACGCUAGCCGAUCGUGCAAUCUCCAAGGAUGAGUUUGCACGUGCUGCUAAAAUCUGUACUGGAUACAAUUUGAGUGAGCAUUUGAUUGAUACCGUUUUUGCCAUAUUCGAUGCAGACGGCGAUGGACUGUUGCAUUAUAAGGAGUUUAUAGCGAUCAUGAAGGAUCGCCUGCAUCGGGGCUUCAGAUCGGUGGCCAAAACCGAAGGCUGGGAUGCCUUCAAGUACUGCCUGAAUCAAGAAAUGAAAGCACUGAAAAAAGGAUCCAACUAAGUGUCAACUAACUGAUCCCGCAGCCGUAGUAUGACAGAAGAUGAAGCUAAAGUGACGCCAAAGUGAAACAAAACACACAAAAAUUCUAGUUACCAAUUUUUUCUUCCAAAGAAUCAAAAUCUCUUGUUUUAGCUCCAAGUAAUUAAAUCAAUUAUUUAUUAUUGUUAAACUUUAAAAUUGUUAUGACUUUGUUGACCAAACUAUGCCAAAAUUUAUAUGAUUUGAGAACUUUAUGAGCACUUGAACACUAACAAAUGCAGUUAACUUACCAAAAGAAAAGUGAAACCAACAACGAAUAAAUACAAAAUUCUUAUUUAAA